AUGGCAUUGCCCCCGGCGAUUCGCCUGAUGGCGAUAGGCACAAUGGUUGUCUUUUUCUAUCUUUGUGUUCAGAUCUUUCAAGCGCCGUCAAGUCUGUCCGCAGGCGGCAAGGACGCCGUCAAGUUUAGCGACAUGCCCAGGGAUCCCAAUCUUGAUCAGCCGCCGGAACCGCUACACCGAGUGUCGGGCAACAACUAUGCCCCCGACAACGCAAAUUCGAAUCGCAUCAACGCUACCAUCCUGUCGCUUGUGCGCAAUGAAGAGUUGGAAGGCAUUCUACAAUCCAUGCGUGAUCUAGAGCGUACUUGGAACCACAAGUUCAACUACCCCUGGACAUUCUUCAACGACGUGCCCUUCACCGAGGAAUUCAAGAAGGCCACACGUGCCAUGACAAAGGCCGAAGUUCGCUACGAGCUCAUCCCUAAAGAGCACUGGGAGGUCCCUAGCUGGAUCAACCGUGAUCUGUUCCGCGAGAGCGCAGACGUCCUCAAGGAACAAGAUGUCCAGUACGCCCACAUGCUGAGCUACCACCAGAUGUGCCGCUGGAACUCUGGCCUGUUCUACAAGCACCCUGCUCUCAAGGAUAUGCAAUACUACUGGCGUGUCGAGCCAAAGGUCCACUUCUUCUGCGACGUCGACUACGAUGUCUUCCGCUUCAUGCAGGACCGCAACAAAACAUACGGCUUCACCAUCACUCUUUACGAUUCUCCUCCAUCUGUCACGACACUUUGGCCCGAAACACUCAAGUUUCUGGCCGCAAACGCACAAUACCAACAUCCCAACAAUGCCAUGAAGUGGCUCACAGACAAGGAGCGCAGGCCGCAGCACAAUAUCGACGCCAACGGCUACAGCACUUGCCAUUUCUGGAGCAACUUCGAGAUCGCAGACAUGAACUUCUGGCGCUCCUCUGCCUACGAGGAAUACUUUGAGCACCUCGAUCGCGCCGGCGGCUUCUUCUACGAACGCUGGGGCGAUGCUCCUGUCCACAGUAUCGCUUUAGGACUUUUCGAAGACGCCAGCAAGAUCCAUUGGUUCAAGGACAUUGGUUACCAACACAUUCCCUUUUUCAAUUGCCCGAAUUCGCCCAAAUGUAGGGGUUGCAUUACUGGUCGCUCUUAUGAUGGCGAUGCAAAACUGCUCAAGGAAGACUGCCGUCCUAAUUGGUUCAAAUAUGUUGGUAUGGGUCCUGAGUGGACUGUUCAAAAAGAGGAUUAG